GCUUGGGCGGGGCGCAGCCAAGAUGGCCGACCCGGGGGCAGCGUCACUUCCGUCGCGCUGCCCCGGCCGCCACCCCGCGGGCGGAAGUUCCGGUGGAGCGCGGCGGGGCCGGGAGCAGCACGCAGGCGGCCCGACCGGAGGUGCCAGUAUCUGAGUCUCUCGGUGUAUGUGUGGUAACAACAUGUCUGUCCCCCUCCUCGCUGAUGCAGUGACUGUCUCAGGGGCAGAGCGGGAGACUGCCGCGGUCAUUUUUUUACAUGGCCUUGGAGACACAGGACACAGCUGGGCUGAAGCUCUCUCCUCCAUCCGCCUCCCCUACGUGAAGUACAUUUGCCCUCAUGCACCCCGGAUCCCAGUAACCCUGAACAUGAAAAUGGUGAUGCCUUCCUGGUUUGACCUGAUGGGCUUGACUCCAGAUGCACCUGAAGAUGAAGCCGGAAUCAAGAAAGCUGCAGAGAGCAUUAAAGCAAUUAUCGAGCAUGAGAUGAAAAAUGGAAUCCCACCCAACCGCAUCAUCCUGGGAGGCUUCUCACAGGGCGGUGCCUUGUCGCUGUACACGGCUCUCACCUGCCAGCACCAGCUGGCUGGCAUCGUGGCGCUCAGCUGCUGGCUCCCACUGCACAAGGCCUUCCCACAGGCAGCGAGUAACAGCAUGAACAAGGACAUUGCCAUCCUGCAGUGUCAUGGGGAGAUGGAUCCUAUGAUCCCUGUCCGCUUCGGCGCCCUCACAGCUGAGAAGCUGAAAUCAGUUGUCACCCCUGCCAAGGUCCAGUUCAAAACCUACCCUGGUGUGAUGCACAAUUCCUGUCCUCAGGAGAUGAUGGCGGUGAAGGAGUUCAUCGAGAAGCUGCUGCCCCGGAUCUAAGGAGAGCCAGUCGAGACUGUCGCAGGGAAGGAUGCCGAGGCUGCAGCUGCCAAUCUUUGCCCUGUGACCCGUCUGCUGCAAACGGAAGCCAUGGCACCCACCCUUGCCUCCCACCGCAGUCUGGCCCCCACCUCUUCCCAUCUCCUUGCGCUGCCUCCUCUCUGCCGGGGGUGCCCUGCCCCCCUGCUGCUCUCAGAGCUGAGGUCGGAGCUCUCUAAGGCGAGCCUUGAGAUACCUUUUCUCUCCUCUCACUCUGAGCAGUUUCCGUGGGGACCACCAUUCUCUCAGUUUCCCAUUCAGGCACUGCAGUGUGUGGGGCUGGCGUGGGGCAAGCCAGUUAUUUUUGUUAUUUGUUUCUUCCGUAACAGUGUUAGGGGUGGGACACGCCUGGUGCAGCGGGAGGAGGGGGGCGGGCACGGGACAAGGCCUCAUGGCUGCUCUCGCCCUCUACUCAGGUGACUCACGGGUUUUCAGUCAGAGCUCAGGAACCCGGGACUCUCCUGCAGAAUCCUCAAGGCCCAGGGAGAGGCUCUGCUCUGGGUUGGUACCGUCAAAGGCUGCCCCAGCCCCAGGGGCUGGCAGAGCGACAGCUGUGCAGCUCCCACACCUCUGCAUGGGGCUGUGGCCCCUGCCCUGUCGCACACGCACACUCCCGUGGGCUAGCAGCAGCUGUGUCCUACAGAUAAUCACCUCCUUCGUCCUCUUCCUGUCUUUGCUUUUACAAUCUCCUCUUCAGCCCUGGAUGGGGGCCCAGAGGGAUCUCACCCUCCAUCAGCCCAGCUCUGCAUCCAGGUGCUGCUGUUUACAGCUGGCUGCUUAGCACCUCUGCCACAACGCCUACCCUGUGCUGAAUGGUCCUUAAUGUCUCUUGCUGCUGCUUCUCCUUCCCUUUGGACCUGAGUUGGCUGGCUCAGGGAGGUGGAGAGUGGGAUGAGGCAUCCUGGCCCCGGCUGACAUGGCUGGAGGCAACAGGUUGGCUCCCAGUCAUUACCUCACCAGCAUCUAAUGCCUGGGAGCUGCUGUGCUGGUUCUGUGGGGCAGCAUGGCGUGGGUCUCUGUGCUGCUUGGGUCUGGGUGAAGGGUGGAGACCGUGUUGGCCUUUCAGUGUACAAUCACAGGCUGGCCAGGGCCAGCACCGUGCCCCUCACCCAGCUGAAGCUGUGCCUCUCCCUGGCCUGGAAGGGCACAGCCCAGAGUCACCUCCUCCAGUGCUGCAGGUGGGCUCCCGUCACCCUCUCCCCUCCUGCCAGGCUACGGGCAGAGGCUGUUGAGCAGUGCUGCCCUUCUCACCUGCCCGGGCUGAGCCCGCAGCACUGCUGGGCCCGCUGGGCUGGAGCUGUCAUUGUCUUCUUUGAAAAAAGAAACAAAACGAACCAACCUGUCUGGGCCACGGGGUGCAGCUCCUUCCCCUGUGCUGCCUCUGUGGGUCUGUUCUGUUCUCGCCCUGCGCAGCCCUGCUUGGUGCCUGCAGCUGUGCCCAGGGGCUGUGUGGGACAGAGGAAACCUCGUUGCAGUCCUGGGGAUGUGCAAAGCAAUAACCUGCUUACUGGAGAGUCGGGUCUGUCAGACCCAUCCUUGGUUUUUUGGGUUGUGUUGGGCUUUCGGUUUUUUCCUUUAGAAAGUCUUAAACCAGCAAACACUGCUGGCAUGAGGGGAGCCCAGCUUUUCCCCUUGCUUGGGAUUAUGUCCUGCUAUUUCUUCUGCUUGGUGUGUUUAAAACUGCUGCAGCCUGUCCCUCCUGCUCUUGGCAAGAGGAGGGGAGUGAGGCUUGGGGGUAGGCAGCCCGAUCUCAGCUGCGAACUGGAACUGGGCGCAUGGUGGGGCCAGCAGGGGCUGUGGAGCCGUGGCUAUUCUCAGGCACAGCUCUGUAGCACAUUCCCUGCUCCCAGGGAGCAGCACGUGCUAAGCUGGGCUGUGCUGAGGAUCCAGGGAGGGAGAAUGGCUUCUCUCCAUUCCUUAAAACACCUUUUCGUUGUUAGGGUUGGUUUUUUUUUCCUUCUUUUUCGCUCUAUUUUGUCUUCCUCGUCUGGUCUCUUUUUGUGUGUGGUCCACAGAGUCAGAUACAAGGUAAAUAAAUCAUAAACCUCUCCCAUAUGA